GUGAGCCGGGCAAGGAUGGACGCCCUCGAGUCCCUGUUAGACGAAGUGGCCCUGGAGGGACUGGAUGGGCUGUCGGUGCCCACGCUGUGGAGCCGCCUGGAGUCGCGGGUGCCGCCCUUCCCGCUGCCGAUGGAGCCCCACACGCAGCAGUUCCUAUGGCGGGCGCUGGCAGCCCACUCCGACAUCCGCUUCUACGUGGAGCCAAGGGAUCGACCUGAACUUCUGCUGCAAGACAGAUACGAAGAAAUUGACUUUGAAACUGGAAUUCUGGAAUCAAGGAGAGAUCCAGUCCCUUUAGAAGAUGUUUAUCCCAUCCAUAUGAUCUUGGACAAUAAGGAUGGCAUACAGGGCUCAUGUCAGUAUUUUGAUAAGAGAAUAGAUGUUACUGAUCAGAUAAGGACAGAAUCUUUGCAGCCCCGUUGUACAGUAAUUGAAGCUUAUGAGAGAUGGGGAAAGAAACUGAUCAUUGUUGCCUCCCAAGAUAUGCGUUACAGGGCCUUAAUAGGCUUAGAAGGAGAUCCCGAUUUAAAACUCCCAGACUUUUCCUACUGUAUUUUGGAAAGGUUAGGCCGAGCAAGAUGGCAAGGAGAACUUCAGAGGGACCUUCACAGCAGUGCUUUCAAGGUUGAUGCAGGGAAACUGCACUACCACAGAAAAAUAUUGAACAGAAAUGGUCUCAUUACAAUGCAGUCUCAUGUUAUUCGAUUACCAACUGGAGCCCAGCAACACUCAAUUCUCCUGCUCCUGAAUCGUUUUCAUGUUGACAGGAGGAGUAAAUAUGACAUCCUUAUGGAGAAGCUUUCUGCAAUGCUGAGCAUUCGAACUAACCAGAUGGAGACAUUAGGAUGCCUGAGGGAGGAACUGGGUCUUUGUGAAAGAACAUUUAAGCGUCUUUAUCAAUAUAUGCUGAAUGCUGGCUUAGCCAAGGUUGUCUCAGUCCCUUUACAGGAAAUUCAUCCCAACAGUGGACCUUGUAAAACUAAAAAAGGAACACAUGUCAUGGUCCGAUGCCUCAAACUAUUGAAAGAAUUUAAACGGAAGGUAGAAGAUGAUCAUGAUCAAGAUGAUGAUGAUGAUGAUGAGGUGAUUUCCAAGGUUAUUCAGCCUGUAGACAUUGUCUACGAGAGAGACAUGCUAACACAGACUUACGAACUAAUUGAAAGCAGAGGCACCAAAGGAAUUUCCCAAGCUGAGGUGCGGAUGGCUAUGAAUGUGGGGAAAUUGGAAGCAAGGAUGUUGUGUCGUCUACUCGAGAGAUACAAAGUGGUCAAGGGUUUCAUGGAAGAUGAAGGUCGGCAGCGGACAACAAAAUAUAUUUCCCAUGUUUUUGCAGAAGAAAGUGAUUUAAGUCGGCAGUAUGAGAGGGAAAAGGCACGAAGUGAGCACCUCACCAUGGUUAAUUUGGCUCCAGUGCCUGAAGAGUCUCUUGUACCUGAAGGAGAAGAUACCUUUCACACUGAAUCCGAUAGCGAAGAAGAGAACACCAGCAGCAGCAAAAGAAGAAAAAGAACAUCCCAUGGUGAAAUGGGAUCAGGGUCAAAAUUUAGUCCCAAGCAUUCAACCCCAACAAAGUCUGGAUGGAGAUUUCUAAACCAGCAUUCAACGAAGAAGAAGUCAUCAUCUUCCCUAGGAACCACUGAUGAGACUGAUGAAGCCUCAGGAGCCUUUGUUGACAACAUUCUAGAAAGCUCCAAAGGCUCUGAGGCCAAUGUCUCAUUUGGCACCCACUCCACCGACGAAGAUGGCGACGUGGCAGUGAUCGAAGAGGUCAAACUUGAAAACCCGAAGGAAAAUAGCUCUCUCCAGAAAAAAGGGAAGAAUACCAAGGCUACAACCCAGGAGAAACCUCAUGAAACAUAUCGGGUACUCAAACGACGAAACUUGAUCAUAGAGGCUGUGGGCAAUCUCCGAUUAAUCGAGAGCUUAUUCACGCUUCAGAAGAUGAUCAUGGACCAGGAAAAGCAAGAAGGAGUAUCCACUAAAUGUUGUAAGAAGUCCAUCAUUCGCUUAGUUCGAAAACUAUCUGAGGAAGGACUUUUGAGGUUAUAUAGAACCACAGUUAUCCAAGAUGGCAUUAAAAAGAAGGUGGAGUUUGUGGUCCACCCUUCUGUGAACACAAAUGACCCUCUUAUGAAAAGUGCCAUUGAACAGGUUCGUUUCCGGAUCUCCAAUUCAAGCACAGCAAACAGGGUUAAACCACCCCCAACCCCUGCUCCCCAGGAAGAGUUAGAGGAAGAAAAUCAAGAAAAAGAAGAAGUUGGUGGAUCAGGAGAAUCUCACACAGCAACUUCUAAAUCUGAGAGCACUGGACGAAUGAAGAAAACUGAUGAGAAAAUGGGCAUAACACAGCUCAAAAAUUAUAACCCUGUUGUAGUUCCAGGACUUGGACGUUCCUUGGGAUUUCUCCCUAAAAUGCCUCGAUUACGGAUGGUCCAUAUGUUUCUGUGGUAUUUGAUUUAUGGACAUCCUUUAAAUGAGAUAUUUGAGAGGGGUGGUCAGGAUGGUGAAAAAAAGAUCAACAGUCAAGAGCCUACCACUGACCACAACAGAGUAUGUAUCCAGGUCCCUGGAGGAGGAGAUUCAGAGGCUGAAGUAGAACUAGCUACUGAAACAGUGUUUGUGGAUGAAGCUUCUUGGAUGCGUUAUGUUCCGCCCAUCCCAAUACACAGAGAUUUUGGAUUUGGCUGGGCCCUUGUCAGUGAUAUCCUUCUGUGCUUGCCUCUGUCCAUCUUCAUCCAGAUAGUCCAAGUCAGUUAUAAGGUGGAUAACCUAGAAGAUUUUUUGAAUGACCCUCUGAAGAAGCACACAUUGAUUAGAUUUCUUCCCAGGCCAAUCCGACAGCAACUUCUGUAUAAGAGGCGGUAUAUUUUUUCAGUAGUGGAGAAUCUUCAGAGACUUUGCUAUAUGGGGCUGCUGCAGUUUGGUCCCACAGAAAAAUUUCAGGAUAAAGAUCAGGUAUUCAUAUAUUUAAAGAAGAAUGCAGUGAUUAUUGAUACUACAAUCUGUGACCCACAUUAUAAUCUGGCCCAAAGCAGCCGACCCUAUGAAAGGCGCCUGUACAUUCUGGACACGAUGCAAGAUGUGGAAAACUAUUGGUUUGAUUUACAGUGUGUCUGCCUUAAUACUCCAUUAGGAGUGGUUCGCUAUCCUCGGGUCAAGAAGAGCAGUGCUCAGGAUCCAAACAGCGAGACCGGCAGUGUGGAGGCAGAUAUGGAGCAGGAGAACGCGAUCGACAAGCACAACUUGGAACGCAAGUGUGCGAUGCUGGAGUAUAUCUCUGGGAGCCGUGAAGUGCUGGAUGAUGGAUCUAUACCUGGUGAUGGAUUAGGGGCAGCAGGUCUAGAUUCCAGUUUCUACGCACACUUAAAGCGUAACUGGAUCUGGACCAGCUACAUCAUUAACAAGUCGAGGAAGGAAAAUACAGUUUCAGAAAAUGGCCUUACAGUUAGGCUCCAGACAUUUUUAUCCAAACGUUCUCUGCCACUAAGUGCUGGAAAUAAUAGAAUAAAUAUUUUGGGAGAUACAAAAGCCCCCUCAGAACUUCCUACUGAGAAGGAGGAGCAGUUUGAGAUCGGCAAAGAAAUGACACAAGACAGAAACAAGAGGGUGAGGGGCGGCAAAAGCCAGAAACGAAAAAGGCUCAAAAAGGACCCUGGAAAGAAGGUUAAGAGAAGGAAGAAAGGAGAAAAGUCAGAAGAAAAAAGCAAAAAAAUGCGCUACCAUGAUGAAGCUGACCAGAGUGCUCUGCAGAGGAUGACACGUCUGCGUGUGACCUGGACAAUGCAGGAAGAUGGGCUUCUGAUGCUUUGCCGAAUUGCCAGUAAUGUCCUAAAUACAAAGGUGAAAGGCCCAUUUGUUCCAUGGCAAGUUGUCCGGGAUAUUUUGCAUGCCACUUUUGAAGAGUCAUUGGAUAAAACAUCCCAUUCAGUUGGGCGAAGAGCUCGCUACAUAGUCAAAAAUCCACAAGCCUAUCUGAACUAUAAAGUUUGCCUCGCAGAGGUGUAUCAAGAUAAAGCUCUUGUUGAGGAUUUUAUAAAUCGAAAACAUAACUAUCAAGACCCUGAGGUUUGUGCUGAAGAGUUUAAAGAAUUUGUGGAAAGGCUUAAAGAGAAGUUCAGUUCUGCGUUAAGGAAUCCUGACCUUGAAAUUCCAGACACACUGCAGGAUUUGUUUAGCAGGUACAGAGUUUUGGCAAUAGGGGAUGAAAAGGAUCAAAGCAGAAAAGAAGAUGAAGUUAAUAGUGUGGAUGACAUUCAUUUUCUGGUACUUCAGAACUUAAUCCAGAGCACUUUGGCCCUCUCAGAUAAUCAGAUGAAGUUAUGUCAGUCAUUUCAGACUUUCCGCCUCUACCGAGAGUACAAGGACCACAUUCUUGUGAAGGCCUUCGUUGAGUGUCAGAAAAGAAGUCUUGUGAACCGCCGUCGUGUGAAUCACACCCUAGGGCCCAAAAAAAGCCGUGCCCUACCCUUUGUGCCCAUGUCUUACCAGCUGUCACAGACCUACUAUAGGAUAUUUACAUGGCGGUUUCCCAGUACGGUCUGCACAGAAUCUUUCCAGUUCUUUGAGAAGGUCAAGGCUGUUGGUCAGACAGAUCAACCAGAUAGUUUUUCAUUCAAGGAACCAGAAGGUACCAUGACUGAUAUGGUAGCAUUUUCCCUGGAUGGUCCUGGAGGCCACUGCGUGGCCAUCCUCAGCCUUUUCUCUCUGGGCCUUCUUGCGGUGGAUGUACGAAUCCCUGAGCAGAUCGUGGUAGUGGACAGCUCCAUGGUUGAGAAUGAAGUCAUGAAGAGUUUGGCAAAGGAUGGUAGCUUGGAAGACGAUGAUGAAGAGGAGGAAGAAUUGGAUGAGGGUGCUGCAGCCAAGCGCAGGAUUGAAGUAAAACCCCACCAGGCUUCCCACACCAACUACUUACUUAUGCGGGGCUACUAUGCCCCUGGAAUUGUCAAUACUAGGAACCUGAACCCCAAUGACAACAUUGUGGUGAACUCUUGCCAGAUGAAAAUGAAGCUACGGCGUACCCCACUGCCCACCCACCUCAGCACCCCUGUGACAUCUGUAAUGGAUCAGACAGCAGUUGGGGUCACCUGUCUCCCUGAUGCUUUUACCAGGUUGAUAAAUACUCAGGAGAAUUCCUUCAGUGGAGAUGAGCUUGUCCAACAACUGAUGAGUUAUGGGUAUAAGCCUGCAGAUAUAUCUGCUACUGUGGAGAUCCAAAAAACCAUUGCAGCUACUUCCCAUUUUGGAAUAGACAAGGUGGAGCUGAGCACCCAGUUCUCCAACUUAGAGAAGAUAGCCAGUGAGCGCACAAGGACCCUCGCAGAGUAUAUCCAGGACCUUGUGGUUCUGCACCAAGUUUUAGAAGUUGGAGGCAACACUGUGCGCCUUGUAGCAAUGAUCUUUGCCCAACCCUGGCUGUUACACUCGGUGCGCUUGAAGAACAAGGAGGAUGAAACUGAUGGACAAACAGAGGAUCUUCACCACCCUAGCCAGAAGCCACAGCUGAGAACCCAGGAGGAGCUCUUCAAAGAAAAGAGCUCCCUUGAGGAAACUGAGCUGGGUCCUCGGGAGACCAAGAGGAAGGCAUUCCACAGCAGUGACACAGGCCCUGACCCCAUCCAUGAGGAUACAGAAGGAGAUUUGGAAGGAAUGAAGGAGCCUCCCACAAAGAAGGCUGUUCUAAAGGAUGUACGCCUAGAGCAUUGCCCUAAUCCAGAUGAAGAAAAAGGGGCUCUCCCUGCAGAUGGAGAAGCAAGAACCCUAGAAGCUUUAGCAUCCAGAGCUCAGUUAGAAUCAAAUGGAAGUGAUCCUUCCCUAGAAGUCCCAGGGACUGAAGGCAAUCAGACAAAUGCCAGUGGCAUGGAAAUCCCAGGCAAAGAGCAGCUUGGAAACCAGCCCCAGGCCCCAGAGGGCUAUGAGGACCCAAAAGAAAAUUUUGGAGCGGGCAGCCUCUCCCAAGCAAAUCGAGAAAAGGAAUGUGAGAAUGUCUGCUUCAUUGGCAGGCCCUGGCGCAUUGUGGAUGGCCAUCUGAAUAAGCCAGUCUGUAAGGGGAUGAUGGAAGCUGUCCUAUACCACAUCAUGACUAAGCCUGGCAUUCCUGAGAAUACGCUGCUGCAGCACUACCAAGGAGUCCUGCAACCCAUUGCAGUGUUGGAAAUUCUCCAGGGUCUGGAAGCACUUGGCUGUAUCAGGAAAUUCUUCCUAAAAAAGCCACCUGGAGUCUCUCUUUUCUCCAAACCAGUAAUAGAAGAAGAAGUGAUAGCCCCUGGCCUGAGUGAGAGGCCAACCGUCUUUUAUGAGCCCACCAUAGACUGUACGCUCCGCAUGGGCCGCGUAUUCCCACAAGAAGUGAACUGGAACAAAUGGGUGCAGAUGAUCCAUUUGUAAGAACACCUAUUUGCACUUACUUCUCACCACAUCUCUAGAUGAGAGAAGGCAAUUGCUGGAGAGCUAUGGAUGGAUUUCCCAGCUGAUGACUUACAGUAGCUUCGGUGCUGAGUAAUGUCUUUUCUCCCCACCUCACUCCCAAUUAUGACCUUGUAUUUUCUGGGCUCCAGGAUUGCCUCAGACCAAGGAUACAUCCUACUAUAAAGGAGCUUAAUCAUGUCAACAGUGAGACACUCUCCCUCUCCCCCCAUCGUGAGAAAAACCAGACUCAGUGUGCCCCACCGUAUGACACCAGUGGAAUUGGCCUCGAGAAAUAGGCCAGUGACCAAGACAGGAUCUGUAGCCAACAAGCAAAAAGGAAAUGUCAUUUCCCUUUUAUCCCUUGGGCCCCUGUCUCAGGCUGCCUUUCCCCAGGGCAAUCUCAUGGCAUAUCUCUGUAGGAGCAUCUGAUUUAAAGGUUUUCUUUAGCCCACCGCCUUCUGGGGAACCAAAAGUGUCAUGGACCUAAUAUAACCCCAACAUGGUCUACCAGGCUGUGCUUCGUUCAGCUACCAACACCAGGGGCUGGAGAAAUGCCUUGUUUACCCUCUUCCUCUGCCCCACAGGGAACGGGGAUCUAGCUUUGGGAAGAGGAGCUCAGACUAUGGCUUCUGAAUUUCAGAGCUCUGAGGAAUUUUACUGGGGAAAAUGGGCCUGUCCAAGAGCCCCAAAGAGCCUCUGCUUCUCUUUCCACCAGGCUCACUUCGGUGCUUCUCAUAUUAGCUAGACCUAAUGCUUACCACACUUAGCUGCUAAGGAGCAGCCCCAAAUUUCAGCUGUGGAAUGGGGCCUGAUACUGAAUGUAAAUAUGUGAUACUACAAAUAUGCUCCCUCAGUCAUCCCAUCCCCACGACUCACCUUUUUUAUACCACUUGUACUGGUUUCUCAUACAGUCACUGCAGUUGUGUGUGUGUGUGUGUGCGUGUGUGUGUGUGUGUGUGUUUUUUAUUGUAAAUGCAGUUGUUCUAAUGUAUAAAAGCUUCGGUUUCAUUUAAUUGGGGGGAAGGGGGCACAGUAAUCUUCUCAGGUGAGUUUUAGUUCCAGCCACCAUUUGGAAACAGUGUAAUCACCACCAUAUCAGAACAUAUUCCCAUGAUAUUAUUUAAGAAUAUUCCCAUAAGAUUAAUAGCUGGCAUCUACAUAGUGUAAUUGAUAUUUACAAUGUAUUUGUGGGAAUCAUCCCAUUUGAUACUUCUAGUAAUGCUAAUGGAGGUAGGGUAGAUAUUGAUAUCAUCCCCUGUCUUACAGAUUUUUUUUUAAAGGAUUCAAAAUGAUUAAUUCACUUAUCCACAGUCACACAGUUAGCAAUUGGUAAUGUAUCAAAAAGGACCACAGAAUUGAUCGUAGCCAGCCAGCACUGGGAUCAGAAUCCUUACAAAAAAUCCCCUAAGAGAGGCCGGAGGUAUAAUUACAGUGAAUGAAAUAAUUCCUGCUCAAUUCCUGCUUAAGUUCAGCCUCCACUUAACCUCUGUGAUAGAGACAACGUACAGCUCACCAAUAGUACAUUCUAUUUUUCUACAUUUCUAAUUAUUAAACAAUGUUUUCCUUCUAAUGAAACAAAAUCGACCUUCUCUCCAGCUUCUAGUUUUACCUUUUGGAACCACGCAAUCUGAUCUCUUCCAUUUGAACCUAGAUCUUCUGGUACCAGACCUAGAACAGCAUAUUGCUUGAGUCAUCAAGAGAGUGGAGGCCUGUGAUUUUGAGCUGAUUCUGCUUAUUUCCUAAGGACCUUCCCAAUGCUCCAGGCUCAGGAGACUACACAGUGUGGACAGUCCCUCUUGGAUCUUCUGUCUGGGCCACAAUCUCUAAGAAACAUAACAUAGCUAGAUCAUUCUGGGAUUUACUUGAUACCAGAUUUUCAUAGGUUAAGCAUUCAGAAGUAUUUCUUGACUCUUUUACAGUUCAAUAAGAGAAGGAAAAGAAGAAACAACACCAGGAAGGAGGGUGCAAAGAAGUCAGGAUGUGGGAUAAUAAAUGCUUUUAAGUAUUUGAAAUCCAACAUUCCUCCAUGAAAGUAGAAACCUGAGUCAUUCAAUUUGGUCACUCAAGUCAGAAAUAGAAGCAAUAAGUGGAGAUUAGAGAGAGCAGAUUGUAGAUGUGGGGAAGGGAAGGCUUCCUGACACUUGAGUUAGUCCCAAAAAGACAUAGGCUUGCUUCAGGAGGCAUUGAUUCCCCUACUCAGGAAGCCCUGAUUCAAGUGGAUAAUCUUUUAUUGGGGAAACUCUGGAGGGAUUUCCUCUUAGCAGUAUGUUGAACAUGAUGCUCUCUGAGGAGCUCUUUGAUUCUGAAAGGAUGUGGGACUUUUUAAGACUAGGAUAGGCCAGCAUUGUAAACAAUGAGCCCUAUUAGGUUGCAGGAAUUCAAACUAGCCUAUACUGGUAUUAUAUAACUCCAUAUAUUCUCUCUUCUAAUCACAACUAUUUUUGUUUUGUUUUGUUUUUGGUCUUAGACAUGGCGAUUAGGUUUUUGGGAAUUUUGAUCUCUCUUCUUCCCUUUCAUGUAUCUGGUUUCAACUUACAUCUUACCUUUCUUCUCUUUUUUUACCCACCCAAGAACUUGCUAUUUGCCAUGAAUUUUUUUUUUAAUGAAAGUGAAUUGAUGUUUUUUGAGUAUUUUUGAGAAUUGAUGCUCUUUGGAGAACCACACCCCUUUCAUUCCCUACUCUUCCCUAUUUCCCAGAGAAAUCCCAGCCAAUAGAUAAGGAAAUCUUGACUGUUGUGGUUGAGAAUAGGAAAGGAAGUACAACUUUAUAGGAGCUACAGACUGCCCCCUUAAUGGCCUGCUCUAAGAGAUGAAUACAUUUGACUUCCAUCAAAACCCAUAGUUCAGAGAGACAGCCAGCAGGUGGCACAAAAAGCACAUGUUUCUGGUUGAUUCUCUAGUUUGCUGUUUCAGGAACAGGUGGAUAAUCAAUACAAUUAAAAUAGCUGUACCAGAACCCAGCCAAAAUCCCUUCCAGUACUAAAAUGCCCUCCCACUUUGCCCUUCCUCUUAGGCAAGGUUUUCACCUUCCUCAGAUUAUGAUCUAUAAUAUGUAAGAGGACUCUAGAACUCUGUUCUCUUCAGUAAUAGGAGUGUUUUUGUUGUUUUAGUGGAAAGCAGCACAAGUAUUUUUUUUCUGGAAUAAAACAAGGCAUUCAGAAAUAUGACAGUAUUCAGAGAAGAGACUCUGCAAGCUGAAUUACAUGUGUCAAUACCCUGCCCUGCCCUUCUAAGCUCUGCAGUACUCAUAGGGAUAGUAAGAUUUCUCCACUUCAUCUGGAAAUUGCUAUCCAUCUAUCUCAUAAGAGCAUGAGGCAGAGUAUACAACCUGUGAAGCCUCCAUUACAGCCCUUCUUACUUCCUCAUUUGCCCUUUCAGUACUUUAGCAGGGGCUAGAAAAGGCACCAAUAAACUCCUGAUUGAGAAUCUGCCUUAAUGAAGAAUGGCUUUCAAAAAAGUUUCUCCAUAUCUACUAUAUAAACAAGGAACUACUAAGGAUAAAAGGAAACCCAGCUCCUGCCUGAAGGAACAAGGAAAUUGUCCUAUUACAACUAGAGGUUAUAUCCAAAUAUAACCACAGGUAGGGGAAUUAUAGAGGCAAAGGUGAAAUGUAGUGGUACUCUCAAAAUCUAAAGACAGAACUUUCAGGUGGCAGUAAUAGUAUGUAAUGCUUCAAGGUUCACAAAAUGUUUUAUAUAUGUUAACUCAUUUGAUCUUUAUAACCUUAAGAGUAGAUGUUAUAAUUUUUCCCAUUUUACAGAUAAGGAAAUGGAAACAGGUUAAGUGAAUUGUUCCAAGAUCACAUAAUAACUGAAGCAGGAUUUCCUGGCUCCAAACCAUAUACUCUUUUUUUCUUAAAGGGUUGGGGGACAGGUUGCAAAUUUAGAGAGUAAGACCUGUUGAUUUCUAUGUUUUCAUAUAACCAGCCCUUUUUUUCCCCCUUCAUAAUUAAUUGUGGUGUAAAGGGAAAUGCAUUGGACUAGGAAUCAAAAGGCCUUUGGUGCCUGCCUUGGUUGUGUCACUGUGUGAGGCUUUGAUUAAUUUCCUCAAUUUUAAAAUGAGGACCAAGAGGAAGACAUUUGCAGAAACAUUUCCUCCCAGUCCCCUCCUAAGGGCUGGAUAUUGUGUACAAGCAUUCCCAACGCACAGUCAUCCUCUGACAGUUGGCUGGCUGACUCCACCAUACCAUAGCAACUUAGGACAGUCUCUCAUUUCAGCACCAAGACAACUGGCUGCUCAGGCAGGCAGAGUCUCUGGACAACUGCCCUCCCGUCUCUUUUCCUGCCACAGAGAGACUUAGAGGGAUUAUCCCUGUGGCUUAUAUCUGCGCCAUCUUCCCAUCCCAAAGAGAGACGACGGUCUAUCCUUCCCUGCUUGACCCCUCUCCCUCCCUUCACUCUUGUUACCAGGAUGAAGUUGUGGGGGAUCUGGCCUUCAGUGAGUGAGUGUCCCGUUUGCCAAGGCUGUGACCCUCUUGGCUUGUUUUCCAUUUGUUGCAGGUGCAUUGGAAGCAGUGAGGUGUUUCUGUCCUGGCAACCGGUUAAGUGAUCUUUAAUCAUAACCAGCUUUCUCAAUUUCUCUGACUUAGUCUCAGUUUUGUCGGUCUCCUUGCGAUCAGAUGGGUAUGAAGGGGAAGUGGUUUUCCUGGUAGCUGUGAUAGCUGGAAAUGAUUGUGUAUUGAGAGCUGGCUGGGUGGGGCUGGGCUCAGCUGGGUGUGCAGUUUGAAACUUGUGACCUGUGAGGGUGUGGAAACCACAACCUUCCUGGGCAUCGAGCCCUGCCAAUCCCCCAAGACCGAGCCUUUUUGUCAGGGGUAGGUGGCGAGGGGAGCCCUUUCUGCAAGAGCAUGCUUGUGGGGUGUCAAGGAGAGAGGUUUGGCACAGGCCCAACUCAGUGCCCUAGGUCUUGAUACUUAACCUGGCAUCCACAGAGCCUUUUCAGACAGUCCAACUUGAGUGGGGGGAAAAAAGUUACAUCUUUAUUUUAACUAACUUUGAAUUUAUAUUUAAUGUUUCCUUUAAAAAAAAAAUGUAGAGAUGGCACAGUGAGUAGAGCACCAGUCCUGUAGUCAGGGGAACCCCAAGUUCAAAUCUGACCUCAAGACACUUAACACUUCCCAGCUGUGUGACCCCAGGCAAGUCACUUAAUCCCAAUUGCCUCAGCAAAAAUAAAAUAAAAAAUGUAGACCACAAAUGGAGGGAGGGAAUAAGCAUUUAUUAAGCAUCUACUAUGCACUAGGCACUGUGCUGAACUAUUUUUUGCAAAUAUCUCAGAUUCUCACAACAACCUUGGGAGGUAGGUGCUAUUAUCCCUUUUAAAGCUGAAGAAACUGAGGCAAAUGAAUGGUCUUGCCCAAGUCACAGACAGCUAGUAAAAUACAAAAGGCUGUAUUUGAACUUAGUUCCAGGUUCAGCACUUGUUAGAAUCCUUACAAAGGGUUAACUCACUGGAAUUGAUAGAAACAAUGCUUAUGUACCUAAGUUUACACCUUUGAGAGUUCACACAUUAGUUCCCAAGUUACCCCUCCCACAAUUCCACUCUCGGAGGAGGAGUCAACAUUUGAGUUUACACCUCUAAAAGAGCAUAUAAAAGCUCUCAGAGCCUCAGCCAGGAGUCAGUUGAGGAAAUUGAAAAGCCAGAGACUGCAGUUGGGCAGAACCAAGAUUCAGAGAGAGCUGGAGGCUGAAGCUGGCAGAGGCAAAGGACAAGCUGCAAGAGCUCUUGGGACAAAGCAGGGAAGCUUCUAAGAAAGUUAACCAAGCUAUUUUGAAAGGAGACAAUAAAGGAUUUGAACUUUUAUCAGCUGGCUGCAUUUGAGGUGAUUAUUACUCUGAACCGAAACUAAGGCUGCCUCCAGAAGCUCCCCAAGAAACCUGCUCCCAGAGAACCAUCAUAUUUUAGAAAAGAAGAGAGCAUUACAAGCCCUCACCAGCACUUUGCCAACUUCCUCUCUAUUACUCAAGACAUUCAUAGGCUUUAGCAGACUGCCAAAGAGGGAUCCCUUGACAUAAAAGUUAACUACCCCUGCCCUAGGUAGAAGAAAAGCUUAAAUUAUUUUAAUUUCUUAAUUCCUAUCACUAUCUCAGUGACUCCCUCCUACUACCAAACAGAAUCCUCCCUUGUCACAAAAUAUAGUAUAAUUAAGCAGAACAAUUGAACCCAUUGGCUGAGGCUAGAACUAUAAACAGCAUUAAAUACCUGUGGUCCUCCAGUCAAUCCAGUGCUAUUCUAUGACCAGUCCUUCCUCUGUAACUCACUAACACGUUUUUCAGUCCUACACUCCAAUACUAAUAAGCACAAGCAUGAAGGAAUACUUGAUAUGAGUGUUUGAAAGCCACUGGUUAAAUCAUGAGUCCAAAUAGAAGAUUCUCAGAACUGGAAGGACCAGGAGGACAUUAGACCAAACCAUACUUGAACAGGAAUCUUCCUGCACCAUCUUGGCAAAAAGUCAUCUAUCCUCUGCCACAAAAGGGGAAUCCAUAAUCCUACUCAUGCAACUCAAUCCACUUCUAAUUAUUAGAAAAAUAUUUCUUGACAUUGUAGUAAAAUCUGCCUCUGUACUUUCCAGACAUAAUAAUUUUGCUUACUAAAAGCAAGAGGAUCUAGGCAAUAUGGUGUAGUGGGUGGAGCAUUGAAGUCAACAUUAAGGAAAACCUGGAAUCAAAUCCUAUCUUUAAUUUUCUUUGAUCAUCUGAAUCUCACUUAACUCACCUGAGAAUUGGAGAAGAUAAAGCUUAUGGCACCUUUCUUGAAGAUGUUUUGUGAAAAGUACUUUGAAAAUCUCAAAACACAAUAAGUAUUUGCAUUUUCUGUAUGAGUCCUUCAAAAAUUUGAAGAUAAUUAUUACCAUUCUCAAGUCAUCUCCAGGUUAAACAUUCCCAGUUCUUUCAAGAGAGACAGUGUAAAGUACUACACAGAGAACUGAAUUGGGCUUCUAGAGAUCUGGCCUUGAAUCCAAGCUCAAACUAUGUAUGACUCAACUUUGGGCAAUUCAACUAAAAAUCCAGUCAGUAAGUAAGCAUUUAUUAAUUGCUAUGCCAGGCCCAACAAAAGGAAAAGGGGACAGCAAAGGAUGAAAUGGAUGGUGUCAUGGAAGCAAGCAUGAGCGUGAACAGACUUGGAGAGAGAGUGGAGGAUAUAGGAAGGGCCUGCCCAUGGGGUCACAAGGAGUCAAAUGUGACUGAACAGCAACAAAGCCAGGUCCUGUGCUAAACAUCUAGAAUCCUUUUAAUAAACAUCAAGCUCCCAUCGUGAAGAAACUGGAAAUUCUAGUGACUUCCAAAAAAAUCAUUCCCCAACCUCCUCAGUGCACUUAUCUUGUCAAACAUUGAAAUAUGGCCAUAGUAAAAAAAAUAAAAAAUAAAAUUUAAAAAAUUAGCAAA